GUUAACAAGACAAGCUUUGCCUGUUCUGACCAAUCAGCUCCAGGCCCAGCCAGCUAUAAUAUAGCACUAAAGGCAAAGACAGUUCUCACAGGCUCUCCAGCACUGCCUGAUCUUAUUCCAAUCAAACCCUUUUUUUUUUCUUUUUUUUUUCCUUUUUUUUUUCUUUUCUUUUUUUUUUUUUUUCUUCUUCUGAUUACUGUGUCAUGUCUGUACUGAGAUGUGUUCCGUUAUCAAAGACCUGCACCUUGCUACUGCAGCAGUUGCCUUAAUAGGGAUCUUUGGAUAGUGCAUGAGCAUCCAGAACAUUUGGAAUUGGGUCACUUACUAAAAGGAGAUACAUACCUACCUACAUUGAGCUUGGGGGGCUUUGGGUUCUAUGGAUGAAAUGUUGGUGCUGACACGUUUGCUCCUGGUGGGAUACUUCACUUACUUAGUGGUCCAACCUGGACUUGCCUGUGGACCAGGUAGAGGAAUUGGCAAAAGAAGGUACACCAAAAAACUAACCCCAUUGGCUUACAAGCAGUUUAUUCCCAAUGUGGGUGAGAAGACCCUAGGGGCCAGUGGACGGUUUGAAGGGAAGAUCACCAGAAAUUCGGAAAGGUUUAAAGAAUUAACUGCAAAUUAUAACCCUGAUAUUAUUUUUAAAGACGAGGAGAACACAAGAGCAGACAGACUGAUGACUCAGAGAUGUAAAGACAAACUCAAUGCCCUGGCUAUCUCAGUGAUGAACCAGUGGGCAGGGGUGAAGCUGAGGGUGACUGAGGGCUGGGAUGAAGAUGGUCAUCAUGCAGAAGAGUCUCUCCACUAUGAGGGUCGAGCAGUGGACAUCACCACUUCUGACAGAGACCGUAGUAAAUAUGGCUUGUUAGCCAGGCUGGCGGUAGAGGCUGGAUUUGAUUGGGUGGUCUUUGAUUCCAAAGCCCACAUUCACUGUUCUGUAAAAGCAGAGAACUCAGUGGCUGCCAAAUCUGGUGGCUGCUUCCCAGCCCUGGCCACUGUCUCCCUGGAGGGUGGUGGCACCAAGUCGGUGGAAGACCUCGAGCCAGGAGAUCGGGUGUUGACAGCAGAUGGCCAAGGGAGGCUGGUCUAUAGUAACUUCCUGAUGUUCAUAGACCGGCAGGAGUCUGUCAAGAAGGUCUUCUAUGUCAUUGAGACCUCCCAACCUCGGGCAAGCAUCAGAUUGACUGCUGCUCAUCUCCUCUUUGUGGCCCAGACUCAAGGCAAUGGCAACAGGUUCAUGAAGUCGGUGUUUGCCAGUGAUGUUCAACCUGGGGACCUUGUGUAUGUGGUCAAUCAAAAGCAAGGGAUUGCGAGUUUGGAGGAGGUGGAGGUGAGCAAUGUCCACCUUGCAGAAGAUUUUGGAGCUUAUGCCCCCAUGACUGAUGAAGGAACAUUGGUGGUAGAUGGGGUUCUAGCCUCCUGCUAUGCUGUCAUUGAGGAACAUAACUGGGCACACAUGGCAUUUGCUCCAUUGAGGUUUGGCUUAGACCUUUAUUCCUUCAUUUACCCCAUAAACUCCACCCCAACCUCUCCUGUACACAUUCAAGAAGAAGGCAUUCAUUGGUAUUCACAAAUCCUAUACAAAUUAGGGACUUUGCUUUUGGACAAAGACUCUAUCCAUCCACUGGGAAUGGCAAAACAGUCCAGUUGAAGAGAUCCCCUUAUUCUUUACAACGAGGACAUUAUUUUUUUAAUGUAGGACAGUCCAAACUAGACACUAAGGAAAGAGUUCCUCACACUUUCCACUUGUUUUUAUUAGUUUAUUUUAUUUGCUUAUUUUGUAUUGUUUUUGAUCUCCUAAUGAAUAUUUAUUUGUUUUUUGUUCAUUUUUGUUUGUUUUCAACGGGACAUUCUAAAAAAAAAGAAGAA